AUGGAUCAGAGCCGGCGGGCGGUGGAGUCGUACUGGCGCUCGCGGAUGGUGGACGGCGUCACGGCGGACGACGACAAGGUCGCGCCCGUCUACAAGCUCGAGGAGAUCUGCCAGCUCCUGUGCGCCUCCGACGCCAGCAUCGUCAAGGAGGUCGCCGACUUCGUCCUCAAGCGCCUUGACAACAAGAGCCCCCUCGUCAAGCAGAAGGCCUUACGGUUGAUCAAAUACGCAGUUGGAAAAUCUGGUACUGAUUUCAAGAGGGAGAUGCAAAGGCACUCAGCGGCUAUGCGCCAACUAGUUCAUUACAAGGGCCACCCUGACCCCCUAAGAGGGGAUGCCCUUAAUAAGGCUGUUCGCGAAACUGCGAAUGAGGCUAUAGCUGCAAUUUUCUCCACAGAGGACCCUAAACCUUCUGUCGCAACCGAAAGUCUUGGCAAGCGCAUACAGGGCUUUGGAAAUACUAAUUACGAGCCAUCUAGAGAUGACAAGAAGUCUUUCCUUAGUGAAUUUAGCGAGGUAGUGGGUAUUGGAAGUGCAUCCAUCAAGCAGGGUUUGAGCAACUUUGCUGCAGCACAUGCAAUGAUGAUAAAUGACAAUGGUAGCACAUACAAGAGCCCUAAUCUCCGUAGAUCUUUGACCACAGAAUCUGAAAGAUAUGGUCGAUAUGAUCCAAGUGAGAUUCAAAGUGAGAGCCGUGCCUCAUCUGGUGCUUCAAAGCAUGCGGCCUCUGGUUCUUGGGGUCCAACUUCCAGUUCUGUACCAACUGAUGAUACUAGCUCAAGUCAACCAGGGAUUAAGACUCGUGAAGAAAGACUUCUGGAGACAAUAGUUACUGCAAGUGGUGUGCGAUUGCAACCAACGCGAGAUGCUUUGCAAAUUUUUUUAACAGAAGCUUCCAAAUUGGAUGCAGUUGCCUUGAGCCGUGCGCUAGAGAACAAACUGAAUUCUCCAUUAUGGCAGGUUCGCAUGAAGGCUAUUUGUGUGUUGGAAGCCAUUGUAAGGAAACAAGAUACUGAUCCUUAUUCUAUCAUCGCUUCAUAUUUCAUCGAGAACACAGCUUCUGUUGUUAAAUGCUCUGAGCUGCCACAGGUUUCUCUCAGAGAGAAGGCCUCAAAGGUCUUGAAUAUGCUAAUUGGGGAACAGCUUACUGGAACCACAGCAACAAAAGCUGCAAUGCCCACACCUGUUCAGAUGCCUGAUUUGAUUGAUACAGGUGAUCAAGAUGAUCUAGCGACAAGUUCUGGACAGGAAAGCAAUGAACAGAAUACUGGGAACAAUGCAUAUGUUUCUUCAGUUGAUGAUUUGCUUGGUGGUGAACCUAUUGCUGAUAGUAAUGGAAGCGAUCCAUUUGCAGAUGUAUCAUUCCAUGAGGCUGAGACUAAGGAGACUAAUGAUCUGUUCUCAGGGUUGACAGUAGAAGAGAAAUCAUCAGUUACCAUGCACGAUAGUUCUUCAUCAAACAAAAAUGAAUUACCAGAUAUCUUUGGCAACGCCCCUGAUUCUUUCAUCCAAGCUAGUGUUACUGACCAAGGAACUGUCAAUGAUUUGAUGGCUGGUUUGAACCUUAAUGGAACAGGCCAGGCUCAGUCUGCAGUUAAAGCAGAGCCCAAUAGCAACUUCAGUGGUUCACAGUUCUUUGAUACAAACAAUGAGACCAGCCAUGUGGCAAGUGCUGCAGCACUGAAUGGCAUUCUUGGUCAAAACUCAUUUUACCAACAGCAGCAGACUCCCUUGCAGUACAGCUUCCCUCAACAUGUGAUGCUCAAUCAAUCAUUUCCUGGGCAACAAUUAAAUUAUGGUGCCAUGGGGAUUCUUCUUGCUCAGCAGCAGCAGUUACUGCAAAAUUUUGGAAAUUUCAAUGCUGGACUUGGGAAUUCUUCUUUCAAUUCGAUGAACAGUGGAAAUGCAUCUGUGCUUCCAGAUAUUUUCAAUUCAAGUAAUCAACCUCAAAAUCAUGUUGCAGUGAUGAGCAGUUCGAAGAAAGAUGACACUAAAGCUUUUGAUUUUGUUUCGGAUCUCCCAUGCCUAGACAAGAAGUUUGAUACCUUCCAGGAUCUCCCAUCCCUAGACAAGAAAUUCAAUGUCUUCAAUCCUCAAACAGGGCACUAA